CGAGGCUGAGGGUGCUCGGGGCGGGGAGACCCGGCCGCCGGGCGCCUCAGCGAUGUUUUACUCAGGACUCCUCACCGAGGGCGGCCGCAAGGAGACCGACAUGCGGGAAGCGGCGUCCCUGCGGCAACAGCGCCGGAUGAAGCAGGCGGUGCAGUUCAUCCACAAGGACUCCGCCGACCUGCUGCCCCUGGACGGCCUCAAAAAGCUGGGCUCGUCCAAGGACACGCAACCUCAUAACAUUCUGCAGAGGCGCCUCAUGGAAACCAACCUGUCCAAGCUCCGGAGCAGUCGUGUCCCUUGGGCCUCCAAGACCAACAAAUUCAAUCAGUCAAAGUCUGAAGGGCUAAAGAAGUGUGAAGAUGAUGACAUGAUUUUAGUGUCCUGCCAGUGUGCAGGAAAGGACAUGAAAGCGUUGGUUGACACCGGCUGUCAGUAUAAUCUCAUUUCUUCGGCCUGUGUGGACAGAUUGGGACUAAAGGACCAUGUCAAAUCUCACAAGCAUGAAGGAGAAAAACUUUCUCUACCACGGCAUCUCAAAGUAGUAGGCCAGAUUGAGCACCUGCUGAUUACAGUGGGCUCUCUCCGUCUGGAUUGCCCAGCAGCUGUGGUUGAUGAUAAUGAAAAAAACUUGUCGCUUGGUCUUCAGACUCUUAGAUCCCUGAAGUGUAUCAUAAAUUUGGAUAAGCAUCGGCUGAUCGUUGGGAAGACAGACAAAGAAGAAAUCCCUUUCGUGGAGACAGUUUCUUUGAGUGAAGACAACACUUCAGAAGCAUAAUUGCAGCCCGGAGCGUGUCUGCAUGUGCACACACACCAGGUUGACAGACUGAGAAAAUUGGGUUUGAAUUAAAUGCAGUAGCAACUUGCUAUGGACCAAGUCCUUCCCUCCAGUACAUCCUGCAGGGCUUCUUCCCACUCAGACCUUUCUAGACUGUAGUCUGUGCUUAGAGAUCUUGUCUGGCUAAACACCCGUUGUUUUUUUACCUCUUUGAAUAUUUAAUUUAUAGACCUUUUUGGACACUGCCAGGUCUCAUUUGUGGCCUAUUUCUCUGCUUAUUACAAGGGUUUGCUUUUAUUAGUCCAGUGUAGGGGCUGCCAGGUUCUAUUUCUCCACAGAUAAUGCUUUCUUUAAAUAGUAAAACAUAUAGUAAAUAGGAACCUCUUUUUAGCUAUUUCAAAGAGAUAUAGAAACAUGUCUUGAAGUUAGAAUCUCUUCUAAUGAAGUGAUUGAUUUUUCCAGUGUGACCUGAUCUGAAAGAUGUCUCAGAGAGAUCAUCUAUAUAGUCCAGACAUUUCAUUUGAAUACAGAGACAGGCAAGCAUAUCUUCUACACUUACAUAUUAAGUCAGUGGCAGAAGACAGCCAGAAUCAGCCUGACAUAUACACCAAGGCUUUGUGCUGCUUCAUUUUCCCCAAGCCUUAAGAGGAAGGCAGCAAGGUCAGAGUGCAAAAAAAGGAGGGGUCCUGGAUGUAGGCUAGCGAUGGAGUGCUUGUCUGAUGUGCACAGGUCCUGGAUGUGGGCUAGCAUUGGAGUGCUUGUCUGAUGUGCACAGGUCUUGGGUGUGGGCUGGUGUUGGAGUGCUUGUCUGAUGUGCACAGGUCUUGGGUGUGGGCUAGUGUUGGAGUGCUUGUCUGAUGUGCACAGGUCCUGGGUGUGGGCUGGUGUUGGAGUGCUUGUCUGAUGUGCACAGGUCCUGGAUUUGGGCUGGUGUUGGAGUGCUUGUCUGAUGUGCACAGGUCCUGGAUUUGGGCUGGUGUUGGAGUGCUUGUCUGAUGUGCACAAGGUCCUGGGUUCAGUCGCCAGCACCAGAGGUAGAGAGUGUUGGCUGCGCAAGCAUGAAGACUGCCGUUUGGAUCCCGGUACCCAAACAAAAGCUGGACCUAGUCCUACACAUGCCUGUGACCCCAGAACUGAAGGGCUGAAGACAGGAUAACUGCUGGGACUUUGUAGCUGCCGGUCUAAGAGAGGGAGAGAAAGAGAGAAAGAAAGGCAGGAAGAGACCCUGCCUCAAAGGAACAAAGUGGGGAGUGACAGAGGAAUAGUGGAUACCCAACAUGUCCCUCUGGCCUGUGAGCGUGCACAGGUGCACAGCUCUACACCACAGGAAAAAAAUGAGAGUGAGGGGAUAAAAACAGGCUGCAAAAAUGAGACAAGUCUCUCACAGUGAACUGGACACGAGAGAAAGAAACUACAGAUUGGAAGGGUUAUUAGCUCCAGACAUACCACUAAUAAUCUAAUGGUCACCAUCAGAUACUGAUUACCCUAAGAACCAGUCAGACUUUCUGUCUGUCUUGUUACAUGUCACAGUGAUUCAAGUAGCUGGAAAGAGAGGUAAAAAGGAAAACAAAAGCCAAAGUAGGACCAGAGUAGGGGCAAAGAGAAUGAGUACACUCAGUGGGAAAGCCUACCUGGGAAACGUUCCUGGGAUUGAAACCUCCAGGUAGGGAAUUGACGAUUGGGAAACCCCUCAGUACAAGGAAGGAACAGCAGCUGGCAAUGUUAAGAACCAUUAAGAGCUGGGUGUGGUACACGCCUUUAAUCCCAGCACUCAGGAAGCUGAGGCAGAGGCAGGCAGAUCCCCAAGUAUGAGACCAGUCUGGUCUACAAAGUGAGUUCCAGGCCAGUCAGGAAUACACGGUCUCAAAAGACAAACAAAACAGAACAAGCUUUAUAACUGCCAAGUAUUUCCUGACCCAUCUCAGUGGUUUGGGGACAUCACAGGGUAGUUGUUGUUAUUUUGUUUUUGCUAGUGUGUUGUCUCAGGCAUAGAGGUACCUUUAAUGGAAUGUCCCCUGUGCAGUUCAGUUAUAGAAGUAUUUGGCUAAGUCAGAAAACUACCCAACUAUGAGUUCAAGAUUUUCCCAAGUCUAUCCUUGGCUCAUAGCAGUUCUCAAACUUUGAAUCUUGUCUAGCGUUCCAGCCGUCAGCCUGCCUAUGAGCGGCUUCCCAUAUGUGGGAAGACUGUGCGUUUCCCACUGAGGCCUCCCUGCUCUUCUGUUUAUCACAGAAUCACACCAGUCUGCUUCUUGCAGGACAGAGCAGGAAAGUAUCACCCCUUAUUUCCCUAUUUGAGAGUUCCACUUCAAGCUUUGACUCUAGGCUGCAAGGGAAGCAUACUGCAGACUCCUUCUAGUGUCUCCUUAUUUGGAUUUCCUGAGGACCAAGUGAGGCCAGGAAUUCUCAGGCUCCUGAAAGAUGCAAUUGAUGCUGGCCCUUUUGUAUUCAGUGGUGUAUGUCAUGAGGAUCAAUAGAUGAUUGUUAGUGUUCCUUUUGGUCUCAAAAAUCAGUCAGUGAUGUUUUUUUUUAAUUUGGAAAUAGAAACAACUGGGAUGAACUGGACUUGAUGUCCAGUUCAUUCAGCUUGUUCAAAUAGCCUGAAUUCUUUAACCAGGUUAUUUUUAAUUCCCAGGCAUAAUAGACGCCUAAAAUGCUUUGAGAUAAGUACAAGAAAUUUUGAUAUUCAUUAAUACUUGUUUUGUUUUUUGAGACAGGAUCUCAUUAUGUAGCCUUGGCUGACCUGGAACUCAACAUACAGAGGAAGCUGGCCUUGAACUCUCAUAAAUACAUCUGCAACUGCCUCCUGUCAUUAACACUUUUAAAAUGCUGCCAAAUUCUCUUACAGCUUCUGUCUCCCCAGUGUUCACAGGGGAUACUGGCUCUGCUUUUGGGAGCUAGCAAAGUAAGAAGUAAAUGAGUUUUUCCUAGUCAGGAAUUUAGUGUUCCUAAGGGUGUAAGAAAGUGUCUGCUACAUCAGUUCUGAGUCCCAGGGAAGUAGUAGACAUCCCUGGCUGUCCUGGAAGUUGUUCUGUAGACCAGGCUGGCCUCAAACUCACAGAGAGCUGCCUGUCUCAUUCCUUAAUAGAUAGCACAUCCAGGAAGUUGAAAAAAAUUACCUUUGAUAUUUCUAUGUCUAGGAAUGUCUAAGGAAAGGAUAUUUUGACUUUCCUUUUCCUGGCUCUGCACACAGUCCACUAGUAUGAGUUUGUGUUUCCUUAGCUCAGAGCACUAUAGAUUGGAUUACCCAGCUACCCUUGCUCUGUGUAGUAGAAAUACCUUUUCAGGCUGGGGACGUGGAGGAGAUGAGCUGGAUUCCUCCCUCCUUCUGUUGCCAGGCCUCUCUGCAUUAGCACUCUAUCUGCUCAGCGUUUCUGACUGUACUGGCUUAUUUGUGACACUGAUGUAUCAAUAAACUGGAAUCUUUCCUUCUGUG